GCUCAAACUGAUGCUGAUCAUUUUCAACACAGUUACGAUCCCAUUUCCAGAACGCGCUUUUUUUCGCAAACCCAAAUUAUUUUCCAAACCUUAACCUUCUUUUUACCAGCAGAUCAACAGGAACGAAACGACGAACCCACAGCAAACAAGUCACUCUCGAUAUUACACCUACAGCUUUACCCACCACACAAGCGAAAUUCUUGAUUUGAUUUGUUUAGGAACACGAGAAUAGACAACAUUAAAGGUCUCCAGUCUUGGCUUGAGAAAUAGUAUAGCACACCGAAACAACUUCCUCUGUUUUAUAAUUUCACUUGGAACAGCUACGUACAGAAACACCAGGUCUAAGCCUCUUCCACUACCGACAGAAGAAGAAACAGAAUGGCGAAGCAUCAUCCAGAUUUGAUCAUGUGCCGCAAGCAGCCGGGCGUGGCGAUCGGCAAGCUGUGCGAGAAACACGACGGACUGUGCCCCAUCUGUGAUUCCUAUGUGCGACCAACGAUUCUGGUGCGGGUAUGCGACGAAUGCAACUACGGCAGUUACCAGGGGAGAUGUGUCAUCUGCGGAGGUACUAGAUUUCUUCUAUACUUGUUUUUAUUUUGCAAGUACUAGCAGCAGAGAUUCAAUCAAAUUAUCAAAUUUUUCAUGGAGUGCGUUGAUGUAAAGCGUCGCUUAAUAAAUUAUACGAACUGUGUCUGUGGCUGCAAUUGUUGCCAAAUGCCGCGUUGAAACAUCAUGAAAAAACACUAUCCAGGCGCGGGUAUAUCCGACGCGUACUAUUGCAAAGAGUGCGUCCAGCAGGAGAAGGACCGCGACGGGUGUCCAAAGAUUGUGAACCUGGGACAGGCAAAAACGGAUUUAUUUUACGAGCGGAAAAAGUUUGGUUUCAAGCGGAGGUUGUAAAUUUUCACUCACGCGCUUUUUACCACAACGACAACCUGCUUUUCGACAAGUGAUUAUUUGUAUUUCAACAACUACCGAGUCCGAGAUGAAAGGACCGAUGUGCAGUAUCUUCGAAGAAGCCUUGUGUUUUCCACAACGGAGCUGACAUAACAUCGACACCAGAACUAUGGAAGCGUCAGGUUUGAAAUCGUCAAAGUUGAAAUAUUUUGUAAUGCAUAAAAUGCAUGGCCCGAGGUGCGUGUGUUGCAGAGCAGGCAAGUGAGGCCAAUUGUAAGCCUGUUUGGGGCUACAGCUCGAGCUGCUAAAGUAGCAUGAGAAAACCACUCUUCUUUGCCUAAACAGCAUGACAAACUGGAUUUAGGGACCACCGAAAUUUGUCAUGCGCCACUUGGAAACUGGGUUCCAACUGGCAUCCAUUUUAUGCAUGACAAAUUAUUUCAACUUUGACGAUUUCAACUCUGACACAUCCAUAAGAACACGACAGCACGAGGGGGAACUAGGGGUGCGGUUUGGAGGUCCAGUGGAAGAUUGCUGUGAAAUCUUCAUACGACCGACUAGAAACCCCAGAAGAACAAACAUGUGAUAUAAUAUUUUUCUCAGACUAGUAUUUUCAACCCGCGAGUGGUUUUUGCAGGGCAAGCUAGCGCCUGCCUUGGUUGCUGUACUACACCGACCUAGUAGAACAACCUGAUGAAAUGUUGAAAAAAAGCGAGAAGACAACAAGCUUCGACACUGAUACUUCAUAUCGCGAAUUGAAACUGUCUCACCAGUACAAAAUUUCGACGAAAGCAUUGAGCCC